AUGGCCAGCACACACGAACUCUCGGACAACGAGCUCGACGCGUUCGACUCGCGCAACGAGCAGGUGCUCCUAGAUCAGGCCGGCGACUAUCUCCGCCGCGGCUCGUCGGACGACGACGACUCCGAAGAAGAGGUCUUGGGGCUCAGGCACCAAAACGAGUCCGAUUCAAACGCCGGCUCCGGCAGCGAGGACGGCGCCAGCGACGACGAGGACGCGGCCCACGACGGCGGCGAGCGCUGGGGCUCCAAAAAAAACUACUAUGGCGGCGACGACAUCAGUGACGACGAUGGCGGCGCGGACAUGGCCGAGGAGGCGCUCAGGCAGCAGAAAAAACACUUGCAGGAGCUCGCCAUGGACGACUUUGUGGACGAGGACAUGAUGCAGGACUGGCACGCCCACGUGGGCGGCGCCGACGCGCCGGCCGGCGCGUUUGCGGACGCGGUGGUGGCGGACGCCGCGGUGGAUUGGUCUGCGCUCGACGACGCCGAAAGGCUCCAGCUCUUGGGCGCGCUGCACCCCGAGUUCGUGCCGCUCUUGGCGGAGUUCCACGCGUUGCGCCCGCGGCUCGCGCGGCUCCAGCAGGACGCGCCGCGGCCGCUUGCCCGGGCCAAAGCCGUGGCCUUGGCCGCGUACCUCGGCUCCAUCUGCUCGUACUUCUCGCUCUUCGUGGACCACAUGCGGGCCGGGCCGCACUUCUCCAUGAAGGAGCACCCGGUCAUGGAGUCCAUUCUCGGCACGCGGGAAGUGUGGAGACAGGCGCGCGGGCUCGGUCCAGACACGACAGGUGCCGGUGAGGAUGAGGCUUUUGGUGAACGUGAGACUGGUGCCGGUGACCGGGAAAUGUCGGGCGCCAGCGAGCCCGAGACCCCCGGCUCCGAUCACGUGCACACCGACUCCGAGGACACGGACCUGGACAUGCCCGGCUCGGACGACGAGCACGUGCCGGCGCCCGCGGUCCACAUCGACAUCACGGCCAAGAGAGCCAUCCGCAGGCCCACGGCCGUGUCUACGGGCGACUACACCGAGGCCUCGGCGCCCGACGCCAUCGACCGCGAGGAGAAGGCGCGCCGCAAGAAGUCGUUGCGCUUCUACACGUCCAAAAUCGACCAGGCCGUCAAGAAGCACGCGGCCAGCGAGCGGUUCGACGGCGACCUGGACUUGCCCUACCGCGAGCGGCUCUUCGAGAGGCAGCAGCGGCUUGUCGAGGAGGCACGCAAGAAGGGCCUGGGCGGCGCCGCGAUAGGCGAGGCCUUGGACGGCCAGGACUACGGCUCGGGCGACGAGAGGCUGGCGCUGCAGAUCAACGAGGACGCGGGCGAGUACUACGAGAGCAUCCGGCAGGCCAAGCUGGAGCAGAAGGACGCGCGGCGCACGGCGCACGGCCAGGCCAAGAAGGCGGCGCAGUUGGGCCGGUUGGGCGAGUUGGCGGAGCACGCGGACGAGCACGGCAAGCGCGCGUUGAACUUCCAGAUCAUGAAGAACAAGGGCCUCACGCCCCACCGCCGCAACGACAACCGAAACGCGCGUGUCAAGAAGAGAAAGCGGUACGAGCAGGCCCAGAAGAAGCUCAAGUCCGUGCGCCAGGUGUACGACGAGAGCACGCGCGGCCCGUACCAGGGCGAGAAGACCGGUAUCAAGAAGGGCUUGUCGCGGUCGGUGCGGCUCCAGUAG